AUGUCUGAUUGUCACCCCUCGCCUACACCGGUCGACACGUCCUCGAAGCUCUGCGCUUCCGACGGCGAGCUCCUCCCCGACGCCACCGACUAUAGGAUCAUCAUGGGCGGCCUUCAUUACCUCACACUGACGCGCCCCGACAUCUCCUACGAUGUUCAGCAGGCCUGCCUUCACAUGCAUGCUCCGCGCACGUCUCACUUGGCUCUCGUGAAACGUGUUCUGCGGUAUGUUCGGGGUACACUGGAGUUCGGCCUCCAGCUCCACGCCACCUCAUCGACCGCCCUUGUGGCCUACUCCGACGCCGACUGGGCCGGCUGUCCGGACUCGCGCCGCUCCACCUCCGGUUACUGCGUCUACUUCGGUGAUAGUCUCAUCUCUUGGUCCUCCAAGCGACAGACCACCGUGUCCCGUUCCUCUGCAGAGGCUGAGUACCGCGCCGUCGCCCACGCCGUCGCCGAGUGCUGUUGGCUCCGCCAGUUGCUCCAGGAACUUCAUCGCCCCAUGAGCUCCGCCAUGGUUGUCUCAUCGUGA